AUGAAUACUAACCAUUAUCUGUCUAAACAUGGAUAUCAAGACAAUAACGAACAGCCUCUCCAUAGCACUGCACAAUGGAUCAUCGGGCAUGCAUCUGAAUUACUUCCAACAUUCGUUCAGGAUACAUUCGAAAGUAUGCAUAACAAUACAAUACAACGAUUCGAUAUGAUUGAAAUAGCUGAUAUCAUAUGCGAUGAAAUUUCCAAUGAAUUUUGUCGAAUUGUUCGUCAGAGUUCAUUUGGUGAAGAAUCUUUCAAAGAUGCUCUCUAUAGGAUGAGCAAAGAAACAGAUACCCAUCGACAACAACUCGCUUGUUUUAGUAUUUAUUCUUGCUUUAAAGAAAUUACAAAUCAAUUUGUAUCAAUGUUGAUGAUAUUUGCCUUACAAGAUGGUAUCGAGUCGAAUUCUGACCGUUCAUUAUUGAACCCAUUCAUUACUAAUAUGCAAAUUCUACCAGACCGAGAACCAGUGGAAUUGCUUUUGUCAGCCAUGAAAUCAGUCUCUCUCUGUCAACGUUUUUAUGCAGCCAAAAUGCUUUAUCGUUUAGCUGUUACUGAUCAAAUUUCAGUUAUCGAACUUCAAGAAUAUUUAAUUACAGUCAUUGAGGAUCCUUGGUCACAUCAAAAAGCUCUGCAUCGUUUCUCGAAAGGAUAUCUCGAUGAUGAAUUGAAGAAUUUACUUCGUCAACUAUUAUUUGAAAAAGUCGACAAUCGACAAAUACCAUUGCCUCCAUUAGACAUUUUUGAUAAAAACAUUCCUUUAACAAUACCGACAGGUAUUUUUUCUGGGCAAUAA